AAUAAAAGAAAAAAAGAAAAAAAUAUAUCAACACAAGAUAACCAACAUGGCGGCCUCCUGUUCGAUAGUGUGCUGCGAGGAAGAUAAAGACUCGGAUAAAGCAGUUAUAUUUCGAUUUUCCAAUGGCAGCGUCCGAAAUGCCGAGAAACUGGACUUCACGAUGUACACGAGUGCAGAUAAGGUCAACCCGAGGAAAAAAACGAGGCGGAUACUGGUGGCUGAAUCAAAAAGGUUGUCCUAUGUUGGACAAAAUUUCGGAACAGAAGCCCUUAAAUGCAACAGUCUUUGCAACUAUUAUGUUGGCGUAUUGAACAAGCAGACCAUGCAAAUGGAACUGCACAGUGCCCAGCUUUUCAACUUGCAACCCGUUAUACCAGGAGAAAACACAGUGGUGGAUAAUGAAGAGACAACUGAAACAUACAGAGAAAAGGUUGACUCUCUGAUUGAGGCGUUUGGUACCAACAAACAGAAGAAAGCUCUGAACUCUCGCAGGCUGAACAUGGUGGACCACCACAUGUUGCACCAGGCGGUCGUGAAGGCUGCCAACACGGUCAUCGAUGAGAAGGGUCUGCAUGCUCUGCAACAGGAAGCUGCCGAGAUGGAGUCGCAGGCAAAUUUUGCUCUCCACCUUCCUCCGUGUGACGCACAUGCAGACACGCUUGAGAAUGUCUACCCGUUGGAUAAACUACUCAGUCCAGUGGACUUCAAGGCCUUGGAGGAGGCCGGUUCCAAGAUGGCGGCGCUCACUGCUGAAGAGCUGCAGACUAUGAGAGAGAGCGGAGGGGUUCUGUGCGUAGUGAAGCACCUGGAGAACCUGCCCGGUGACGACGAAGCCCGAGAGAAGAUGGCGCGCUGCGCUUUCUACCUUUCCAUGCUUCUCAAACUGUCGCGGCAGAAGAGCCUCAGCCACAAGUUUGGCAUGAAGGAAGGCUGCCCUCGCAUUGUGCAAAACACACUAUUCAGGACAUUCACAGUGGAGACUUUCACCAAUGGCAGGAUCCAGAACAUGGUGUCUACUUCAAUGCGUGUCAAAUUAGCAGCAUACUGCCUCGCUCUGCUGCUCCAUAUGGGUGACAUGACUGCUGACCUCACAUUACUGCAUCAAGACAUGUCACUCAGCGAGGCCAGGAUAGUUGAAGUUGCAAAGUCGAUGGGGUUGACCCUGGCGAAGCCCCCCCGUGGAAAGAACGUUGUGGCUGGCCUGCAUGAUGAACGCAAAAAGGCUUCCCUCAUCCUCCCUCUUGUCAAAUAUGAUGCAUUUGUGGAGAGGCGCAAACGCAAGAAGAUGCAUUAAGGACCCACAGAGGCAAAUAGAAGAACUGUUUAUUAAUUUCGUGAACAAAUAAAGUGGAAAUAUAAUUUCAAAUGA